AUGAACGGUUGCCCGAGCAACAGAGCUUACACGCAGACAGGCAAGGGUGGUUUAGAUGAGAGGAUCCCCGAAGAUGAUUUGUAUCGAUACACCAGACACCGAUGGCUUUUCAAUGAACCGCGCGAGCUCUCUAAGCGGUAUUUGAAAUUCAACCUGCGGCAGCUCAUUGACGUGGCCGUGAAUGCCAGGAAUGGCGCUCGAUACUGCACAAAGGUCGUCAAAUGCUUAGAGGGCCUUCAUAACAAGGCAUUCUUAUUGGUGAUGGACAACGGGGCUGAAGUCGUUGCAAAGCUCCCGAGCCCUAACGCCGGAUUUGCCCGAUACAUCACCGCCUCAGAGGUAGCCACACGUCAGUUGUUACGUGAACACUUUAACAUACCAACUCCACGGAUCCUCGCUUGGUCUUCAGAUGCAGCUAACACUCCUGUUAAGGCAGAGUAUAUCAUUGAGGAGAAGGCCGCUAGUGUGCGACUGGGUUCUCUCUGGAAUCAAUGGUCACGUGAGACGAAGCUCAAGUUGGUUGAGCAAGUCGUUGAUAUGGAGAAUAAGCUGACUAGCACGACUUUCUCUAAACACGGUUGUGUCUAUUUUAAGGCGGAUCACCGUUCACUAACUGGACAGGUGGAAGACCUGAACGAUGACUCAAGUGCCGACGAAGUGCUAAAGCGUUUUACAAUAGGUCCCCUCACUUCGCCCGAGCUAUGGACUGGAACUAGAAGUGACAUGGAAUUAGACCGUGGCCCGUGGCGUAAUUCAUCUGUGUACACACACGCUAUGGGCUGCAACGAGACUUCAUGGAUUAAUGCACAUGCACGCCCUCGGUACAUUAAAGUCGCUCCGUUCCUGGUCCCUUCUUCCACCGAUGAGGCCGCCAACCCUAAAGUCCUCUGGCACCCGGAUCUUCAUCUGGACAACGUGUUUCAGUCGGCAUGCGUGGCUCCUUUGUUCUAUCAGUCUCAUGUCCCGAGGAUGUUCCGACAUCACGGACCUGUCCAGGAAGGGUGGGCUGUCCCCGAACGCCCUGACAACUUUGACACUCUCAGUGCCAAGGACCAGGAGAAGAUAACCAGUGAUCAUGAGGGUCAAAUCAUUCAUAAAUACUACGAGGCGCUGGUUUACAAGCGCGCCCCGCGACACUGGGCUGUAUUUGAGCAGAAAAAUAUUCCAAUCGUCCGAAAACCUGCCUGGCUGGUGACUGGGGUGUGGGAGAAUAAAGACCUGUUCUUUUUGCGCCAGUCACUCCUUUCGCUGGUCAACCUCUGGGAGGAUCUUUUCCAGUUGCCCUGUCCGAUAGCAUUCACAGAGAAGGAGAUCGAGCUUCACGCGGAAGAGAAAACCAAUAUGGACGGCAUUGGACAGGUGCUUACCUUGUUCCGGAAUCAAGGGGUGCUCCCCGUCGACGGCAUGGUCGAUCCAAAGGACUACGAUGUUGCUGUGGAGAACAGUUGGCAAUUCAAGCAGGUCUUUCUUCGGUCGGCUGAGAACGACAAGGAAAGGGAGUUGUACUCCAAGCUUUGGCCUUGUCAAGACACCGAAGACUCCGUGGUCUAA